AUGGCUUUGGAUUCUUUGGACUUGUAUGUCGUCAUUAUAUUGGCAGCAGCUGUCGCUGUUUAUUACAGCAAGACACAAUUGUUUGCCAAAAAGGAAACCAGUGGCUUCUUAAAUGCCGAAGGUUCAGGUCUAGCUGGCGGGUUGGCCAAGUCAAGAAAUAUUUUUGAAGUUAUGGAGAAAAAUGACAAAAACUCAUUGCUCUUGUUUGGCUCUCAAACUGGUACUGCUGAGGAUUAUUGUCACAAAAUGUCUAGAGAAUUGAGUUCUAGAUUUGGCUUGAAAACAAUGGUUGCAGAUUUCGCAGACUAUGACUGGGAUAAAUUUGAUGAAAUCAAGGAUAAUAUCUUGGUAUUUUUUUUAAUGGCUACCUAUGGUGAAGGUGAACCCACAGAUAACGCUAUCGAGUUUAUUGAGUACUUGGAGAACGAGGCAGACACAUUGAGCAAUUUGAGAUUUACAGUUUUCGGUUUGGGUAAUUCCACUUAUGAAUUUUAUAACGCAAUAGGUAGAAAACUCAACCAAUCAUUGGAAGAAAAAGGUGCAGAGAGAUUUGCUCCAUAUGGUGAAGGUGACGAUGGUAAAGGAACUUUGGAUGAGGAUUUCUUGACUUGGAAAGACGAAGUAUUUGACUCAUUAAGAAACAAUUUGGAUAUGGAGGAAAAAGAAUUGAAAUAUGAACCAAGUGUCAAGUUGACUGAAAGAGAUGAUUUAUCAAUUGAUAACGAUAAUGAUCAAGUGUCACUUGGUGAACCGACUAAAAAAUAUAUCACUGCUACCGAUGUCACUGAGUUGUUAAAGGGUCCAUUCGAUCAUACUCAUCCAUAUUUGGCUCCCAUUUGCCAUAUUAAGGAAUUGUUCAAUUCUAAAGAAAGAUCCUGUGUUCAUGUCGAAUUCGAUUUAAGUGAUUCUAAUUUGAAAUAUUCAACAGGAGAUCAUUUAGCAAUAUGGCCCCAGAAUUGUAAUGAAAACAUUUCCAGUUUUGUGAAAGCUUUUGGUUUGGAAGCAAAACGCGAUACAGUUUAUGAUUUAAAAACAUUGGAUACUACAUACCAUAUUCCAUUCCCAACACCAAUUACUUAUGAAGCUACAAUUAGGCACCAUUUAGAAAUUUCCGGACCAAUAUCAAGACAAUUUUUCCUUUCAGUUGCAGGCUUUGCUCCAGAUGAAGCAACAAAAGAAAGAGUAACUUCAUUAGCUACCGACAAGGUAAAAUUUGCUGAAGUUGUUACUCAUAAAAAGUAUAAUAUUGCCGAUGCUUUAUUGCAUGUUUCAAAUGGGAAGCCAUGGACUCAAGUACCUUUUGAAUUUUUAAUUGAAAAUAUCCAACAUUUGACUCCACGUUAUUACUCAAUUUCAUCUUCUAGUUUAUGUGAAAAGAACCGGAUCCAUAUUACCGCGGUUGUUGAAUCUGAAUUAGAAUCAGAUUCAAGAUUAAUAACUGGUGUAGUUACUAAUCAUCUUAAGAAUAUUGAAUUGGUUAAAAAUAAGUCAACUACUGAUAUCCCCAUUGUUCACUAUGACUUGGAAGGUCCAAGACACAAGUUUCAUAAUUUUAAAUUACCGGUUCAUGUAAGAAGAUCAACUUUUAAAUUACCUUCGAGUACAAAAACGCCAAUAAUUUUAGUUGGUCCAGGAACUGGGGUUGCUCCAUUGCGUGGAUUUGUUAGGGAACGUGUUCAGCAAGUAAAGAAUGGAAUGAAUGUAGGACCAAGUGUUCUUUUCUAUGGAUGUAGAAACGAAAAUGAAGAUUACCUAUAUAAAGAGGAGUGGAAAGAAUACGCAAAGAUUUUGGGCUCAAAUUUUGAACUUAAUUGUGCUUUUUCAAGAGCUAUACCGGGGAAAAAAGUUUAUGUGCAAGAGAAGAUUUUGGAACAAGCUAAAAGAAUUAAUCAUUUAUUACAAGAAGAAGGAGCUAUCAUUUAUGUUUGUGGAGAUGCUAGCCAUAUGGCUAGAGAUGUACAAGCUAGCUUUGUUAAAGUAAUUAGUGAAGAAAGAGGUAUUGAAUUGGAAAAGGCUGCUGAAUUAGUUCGAAGUUUGAAAGUGCAAAAUAGAUACCAAGAAGAUGUCUGGUAA